CGGAUUGGUCUGCUUUCUCUUGCCUGUGGCAGUUGACAGCACCUCCCAGCCGUGCACGGCCUUCUGCUUGCUAACACAGGCUGACUGCAGCAAGCUCAGCUCUACCCCAGUCCGUACACUGGCAGAAAAGUGCACUCUCUUUCCGAUUUUUUUUGCUUCUUAAGUUACUGGAUUCUGCAGUACAAGUCUUCAUGAACAAGCUGCACCGCUUACAGAUUUCACAGCAUUCAAAGGUCACAGAACUGCCACUAUGGUUAAAUGUCUUGUUUAAUGGUUGAGAGGUGCGGAGAAAUCUCAUUUGAUAGUCCUGACCAGAAUGCCAAAUGUGUUCGCAUGCUAGGAGAUGCACGGGUGAGAGGUCAGACAGGGGUUCUCUCCGAGCGCCGUGGCUCCUACCCGUUCAUAGACUUCCGUCUUCUUAACAAUACAACACUCUCAGGGGAAAUUGGCACCAAGAAAAAGGUGAAAAGACUGUUAAGUUUUCAGAGGUAUUUCCAUGCAUCCCGGUUACUCCGUGGAAUCAUACCACAGGCUUCUCUGUACCUGCUGGAUGAGGACUACCUUGGGCAAGCACGGCAUAUGCUAUCCAAAGUGGGAACAUGGGAUUUUGACAUUUUCUUGUUUGACCGCUUGACAAAUGGAAACAGUCUCGUAACACUGCUUUGUCACCUCUUCAACGUGCAUGGACUUAUUCACCAUUUCCAGCUAGAUAUGGUUACAUUGCAUAGGUUUUUAGUUAUGGUUCAAGAAGAUUACCACAGCCAGAACCCUUACCACAAUGCUGUCCACGCUGCUGAUGUCACGCAGGCUAUGCACUGCUAUCUAAGGGAGCCUAAGCUUGCCAGCUUCCUCACCCCAUCGGACAUCAUGCUUGGACUGCUGGCUGCUGCAGCUCACGAUGUGGAUCAUCCGGGGGUCAACCAGCCAUUUCUGAUCAAAACGAAACACCACCUUGCCAGUCUGUACCAGAAUGUUUCCGUGUUAGAAAAUCAUCACUGGAGAUCUACAAUAGGCAUGCUUCGAGAAUCACGGCUCCUCGCUCACCUGCCCAAGGAGGUGACACAAGACAUCGAACAGCAGUUAGGCUCCCUGAUCUUGGCAACAGACAUCAACAGACAAAAUGAGUUUUUGAUUCGUCUGAAAUCUCACCUUGACAAUCAGGAUUUGAGACUGGAGGAUGCACGAGACAGACAUUUUAUGCUUCAGAUUGCACUCAAGUGUGCUGACAUCUGCAACCCCUGCCGGCUGUGGGAGCUGAGCAAGCAGUGGAGCGAGAGGGUCUGCGAGGAGUUCUACCGCCAAGGUGACCUGGAACAAAAAUUUGAACUGGAAAUAAGCCCACUUUGUAAUCAACAGAAGGAUACAAUACCAAGCAUUCAGAUUGGGUUCAUGACGUACAUUGUAGAGCCACUCUUUGAGAGGUGGGCCCAGUUUACAGGAGAUACGCCCUUAUCUGAAAACAUGUUAAACCAUCUCAGGAGGAACAAGGCAAAGUGGAGGAGUUUGCUCCAUAAGCAACACAGCAGUAGUAGGAGCAAUGACCACUCAGGUCAAGUAACUGACAGCCAGGAACAGACUUUAAAUGAAGAAGAAACUCCUUAGUGGCAGCUUUGCACUUUUCCUUAUAGCACUGCUAUCUUCGUCUUGAUCACAGCAGCAAGCAAAAUCCUGAGGAGCUAGGAGCCUCUUGUCAAGACCAUGGAAAGGGAAGAAACAGCAAAGCAGAUGCUCUAAGGGUCCUUAUGAACAAGCCCGUGGUUCUGCUGGUUCCUUUCUGGAUCUCCAUCUUUCUCUCCCCUCUCUUCAUUCUGCACAUGCCUGAUGCCAUCCAUCACUUCAGAUCAUGAACUGCUUGAAUGCAGGUCGGGCCAGCAGAGCUGAAGCCGAGCCAGUUACUGCUGCCAUGAAGCAGGGAGGAUUACUGAGAGAACAGGGGAGGAUAGAGGCACUCUUGGUUAUAUAUUCAUUUACCAUGAGUCAUACUGUGACAUCUGUACAAAGGCCCAGAGCGCCAUACGCUUUCCAGUCCGGCAGCUGGGCUGCGCAUGAAACCACCAGCAUCUUCAGAACCCAGAGGACACUGGUUGAAUGAGACAGCGCUCACAGAGGGCAGAGAGAAUCCGGUUAUUUUAGUAAUUAAAAUAAAAGCCUUUUUAACUUUUGUAUUCUGUGCACUAAACAGAUGUAUGAACUUUGGACUGAGGUUACACAACUCCGUGUACACAACUCCAGUGUAACAAGGCUCGUUUUGGUAAUCAUUUUUAUGCCACUUUGGACGGGCAUCUUCUCAUUGCAAGGAACGGUAUUCCCUCGCAAAUGAAAGGGAAGGUGUUGUACAGUCUAACCCUUUGAAACACGAACAGAUCUACCUUUUGAGUACUGUUUCAAGUAACGUGUUUAUAUUCAUAUGUGUACAUUUUCCUGUAAAUAUGAGACGCUACUGAUUCCCAUGCCAAAAUACUGGAGUAUUGUGGGAUUGCUACCUGUAAAAAACAUUGGCACUGUGAACAGAAUACUGUUAGUUUUAAUACAAGAGAAACCAUUUGUAAAUAUGGUAUAGAGUUUAUUAAUAUUCACCAUUGUUUGUGGAUAAAAGCCUUAACUUUUAGCAUCCUUCAUCUUCUGAUAGCUGCCAAAAUCAUAUGAUUACAAGAUACAAUUCUGUACUGCCUUUCCACUAUCAAAGGUAUAUCACAGGUCAUUAAGGAAUGAAGCCUGGCAGGACAACUUCUUGAAAACUUCAAACACAUUCCAUAUGGAUCCGUGCUGUUAAAACCGUAGCACCCUGCACAUUCAGUAUAGGCAAAGGCUUCCCAGAGCCUGAAGUUUUAGUUCAAAACAAAGAAGCAAAGCCAGAAGCCCACAGCUACAACCACAGUUCAACAAUUCAAUCAAAUUAACAUUUAUUCAAGAGUGAAUUUUUAUUUAAAUAGCAUAGUGAACUAAAAAGCACGACAUCCUACUAAUUCUGGUGUCCAGCUGUUUUCUUAAGUGAUCUUGUAGUGGAGAUCCCCCCCUGUAUUCUCUUACUUAGAUAGCCAGGAUAUAAAUGCAUUUGUAUUUUUCUUUUCAUUAAAAAAAAAAAAGAAAGAAAGAAAGAAAGAAAGAAAGAAAAA